CCAAAAGGACUGCGUUUCAGUACAGAGAGCGACGAAAGGAGCCACUUAUCUGAUUUUGAUAUCGACUCUAAUCAAUAAUUUCGUCGAGAAGUAUUGUAACGGAAUAAAAUUGACCUGAGAACUGUGAUUUUUUGCUUUCUUGGUUAACAGAAUGGGGCGUUAAGAAAUGUAAAUGUUACAGCUAUCGUCGACGACGUUGAAUAUACAAUUUUGUUUGCCUAAUUCGUCGAAUAAGUUAAUCGGGGAGAGAAUGACCUACGACAAGAAACACAAGACCCUUUUGCAAGCGAUUAUACACAAUGGCGCUUUGCACGAAGAUCGGGGAAAAGAAUUGGUUAUUAGGUUAUUCGAUCACAAUGACACGGCGCGAGUAUUAAACGUAAUAAACGCGAAGUUACGACCGUUGUGCAUGACUAUAAAAUGCAUAAAUUGCGAAAUCACCGGAGAGCUAUAUUGGAUCUUCGCGAGCACGGUGCAAGAUAAGACUGCCAGCUUCAAUCCUGAAUUCUCGCAAGCCGAAUUGGCCCUCUUGCGCAGCGUGUAUUCUGAAAUUGUUACUUCGCACAAUGGUUACGUGUCGAGUACGUUUUGCCUCAAUUUAUGCUCGUCGUUAAAUGUAAGACUGACUAAGACUGAUGCCGAACAAUUUUUACAAGAGAUGGUCAACAGGAGAUGGUUAUGCAGCAAGGAAGGCAAAUAUUACAUGGGAGUAAGAAGCAUAGCGGAGUUAUUGCAAUAUUUCAAAGACACCUACGAGGAUAAUCUUCAAAUUUGCACUUUGUGCAAACAGGAACUUUUCUAUGGUGAGAAGUGUAACAGUUGUAAUGCCACAACUCACGUUUACUGCCUGGAGAAUUAUACAAGAAAUCACGGUGGUUCAGGAUGUCCUAAUUGUCAUCAUCCUAUAUCAAGACACGAUCAAUCUAGUAAUGACACCAAUGUCACGAAUGUUGAUGCAUCGCAAGUGAAAUUGGAAAUAGAUGAGCCGACACAGUCUAGUCAAGUCAGAAGGUCGAAACGGAAACAUAAGGAUUAAUAUAUUAUUAUGUUUAAUUCAUUACACAAGACUAUUUGGGACGGAUAAAUGCCGUGCAAAAACUAAAA